GCUGUGUUUUAAAGUGAUCGUUAUAUAAAAUGUAUAAAAUUUACUGUUGUUUUAGCGAAAAAAGAAGGAAACAAAAAGAAAUGGAUAAAAUCUUAAGGGAUCUUAAAAAACAAUACAAAAAAGACAUUAAACUAUUAUUACUGGGUACUGGAGAAUCUGGAAAAUCGACAUUUAUACGCCAAAUGCGUAUUCUGUACGACAAUGGCUACAGCGACGAGGAAAGAAGGAGUCACAUUAAAUUGAUACAUGAAAAUAUUUUUACUUCAAUGCAAAAUAUGAUAGCUGCCAUGGAAUCAUUAAAAAUUGAUUAUGAGAGAAUCGAAAAUGCUACGGAAAACUCUACGCUCAUAAUGUAUGUAAAUACCGGGAGUAAAACCUAUUUAGAGGAUCCCUAUUUGACCGCAAUUAAAGAACUGUGGAACGACAAGGGCAUACAAAACUGUUAUAUGCGACGUAAUGAAUACCAAUUGCAUGAUUCCACUAAAUACUAUUUGAGCGAAAUUGAUCGCAUUGCUUUGCCAGACUAUAUGCCUACGGAUCAGGAUAUCUUAAGAGUUCGUAUAGCGACCACAGGUCUAGUUGAGCACCACUUUCAAGUGAACAAUGUAAAAUUCCGCAUGACAGACGUGGGUGGACAACGUUCGGAGCGAAGAAAGUGGAUGCAUUGCUUUGAUAAUGUUAAGGCUAUAUUAUUCUUAGUUGCCAUUUCGGAAUAUGACCAGGUUCUAAAGGAGAAUGAACAACGUAAUCGUCUAAGAGAGUCUAGAAAAGUUUUUGAAUCUAUUUCGGAUUAUUUCCAUGGCACGCCAAUUAUAUUGUUUUUAAAUAAAGACGAUUUGUUGGAGGAGAAAAUUAUGCACUCUCAUUUGGAUCAAUUUUAUACGGAAUUUAAGGGGCCACGAUAUGAUAGCGAAGCAGCACGUAAAUUUAUAUUGGAUAUGUUUUUGCAAGUUCGGAACAGGAUGUACUAUCAUUACACUUGCGCUACAGACACCAAGAAUAUUGAAGUAGUAUUUACCGCAGUAAAAGACAUCAUUUUAACUUCGAAUUUAGAUAGAUUUGGACUGGUGUAAAAUUAAAUAUCAUAAACAUCCAACCGGCGAUAAAUUGAUUAUAGUUUUAUAUUCGAUUUCGUAAAUAUUCGUGCAUGUAUUCUUUAAAACUUAAAUUGUUUAGAUAAACCAUAUUACUACAUUAGCGGUAGUCCUUUAUACAAACACAUUACCAAGACGAGGACUCAACAUCAUGAAUAUCGUUAUUGUUUUUAUCAAAGAAUAACAAGAAGGGAAGCCUCUCAUUUUUAUUAUUCUUUGGUUUUUAUAAAUAUUUUUAAAAUAAACAUAUUUAAAAUACAUGGUAAUAAAAAACAUA